AUGGCAAAGUCAACUAUUACUCUGGCCUCUGGCAAGGAAAUGCCCCUCGUGGGCUUCGGCUUGUGGAAGGUCCCCAAAGAAACUGCUGCCGAUACAGUCUACAAUGCUAUCAAAGCAGGAUACAGAUUGUUCGAUGGCGCCUACGACUAUCAGAACGAAAAGGAAGCUGGCGAGGGCAUCCGUCGCGCCAUUGCCGACGGCCUCGUAACCCGCGAUCAGAUCUUCAUCACUACUAAGCUAUGGAACAACUAUCACCGCCGGGAGCACGCGCUUGCCAUGGCCAAAAGACAAAAUGAGACCUGGGGUCUUGGUUAUAUUGACCUGUUCCUGAUGCAUUUCCCCUGCGCGUUGAAGUAUAUCGACCCCGCCGUGCGCCAAUACCCGGCCUGGUGGAUGGAUGAUGCCGGUACCGUCGAAACUGACAAGGUUCCCAUCCGCGAAACAUGGGAGGCUAUGGAGGAGAUCGUGGACAACGGUAUCGCUCGCAGCAUUGGCGUCAGCAACUUCCAGGCGCAAUCUAUCUACGAUAUCCUUAGCUAUGCCCGCUACCCACUUUCCUCCCUGCAGAUCGAGCACCACCCGUACCUCGUGCAGCCCGAGCUUGUCCAGGUCGCUCAAGAGAAUGGCAUUGCCGUCACCGCGUACUCCAGCUUUGGGCCUCAGUCCUUCGUCGAACUGCCCGCGCAGUUCUCAGAGAAGGCCAAGCAUAUUCCUUUGCUCUUUGAUGCUGAGCCGGUUAAGGUGCUUGCCGCUAAAUAUAUCGUGACGCCUGCGCAGGUUCUUCUGCGAUGGGCAACCCAGCGCAACGUUGCCGUUAUCCCCAAGUCAAACAACCAGUCGCGUCUUGCGCAGAACUUGGAUGUCUUGGGAUUCGAUAUGACUGCUGAUGAGCUCAAGUCUAUCGCCGCAUUGGAUAAGGGUCUGCGCUUCAACGACCCUGGUCACUACUUGCCCAAGCACCCGAUUCGCAUCUUUGCUUAG